ACAGUUUUUGCCUGGAAGCUGCGAGGAAAUUUGUCACAUAUACAUGUUGAUCAUCACGGUUGACGCUUGACUCGUUGAUUUCUCUCUCUCUCUCUCUCUCUCUCUCUCUCUCUCUCUGUCCAAUAAUUGUGCUGUUUAAUUUUCAAACCUACCAAAUAUUCCUAUUCAUCUACGUCCCCAAAUAUUUCUAUUUAGCUCUUCGAGCUUGUUCCUCUUCUCAAUCCACAACUCCUUUGCUAAGUCAUGUAUUCAUCAAACCCAACUGCUGAUCAGAAACAUGUGGCUUCUCCACCGAAGGGGUCAUCGGCAGCAUCAAUGCCAUACGGCGAACCCGCAAGUGGGAUUCCGGUAUCUUACACGAACCAACAGCCUCCAGUUCAACCUCUACGAUCCAAACCUAAGGUCCCUUGGUCUACCGGACUCUGCGAUUGCUUCGACGACGUUCCCAACUGUUGCAUAACUUGUUGGUGUCCAUGCAUUACUUUCGGGCAGAUUGCAGAGAUUGUAGACAAAGGAUCAACAUCAUGUGGAGCAAGUGGAGCGCUAUAUACACUAAUAGCGUGCGUGACCGGGUGUCCAUGUUGCUACUCGUGCUUUUAUCGUGCAAAAAUGAGACAGCAAUACGUGUUGCAUGAAACCCCUUGUUGUGAUUGCUUGGUUCAUUGCUGCUGCGAGUCCUGUGCCUUGUGUCAAGAGUACCGUGAGCUCAAAAACAGGGGAUUCGACAUGUCUGUUGGUUGGCACGGGAAUGCGGAGAGACAGUAUCGUGAGAUGGAGAUGGCACCAGUGAGCGAACAAGGGAUGAGCAGAUAAAGUGAGAGAUUAUCUUGGAUCAGUGAACUAGGAAAUUCUCUUUAUUAAGAUUGUAUUUGAAUAUUAAAUUUGUGAAAAUAUAUGUGGAGAAAAACUAAAUGAGAAAGAAAAAUGUAUGAAGUAGAAGCUCAAUUUUGUUCACUUUUUCUUUCUCAAAGUAUUUUCUCCGCAUUUUUUUUUUUCAAUUUCAAUAAUUCAAACCCGAUAUAAAAAUUAUAAAAUAUGAACCAAUGUAUAAUAGAUAUUAAAUGUAACUGUGACAAUAUGUGUGUGGCAUGAGACAUUAUCAUAUGGUAACUAUUAGUGAAAAACUUUAAAUAAAUUUGGGACAGUGAGAUGAUA